AUGGUGAAGAUUGCACCGCCACCAAUCCAUAAGACCCUUCCCCCGUAUCCAUCAACCCAGGUUCAACGUUUCCAGCACUCCCUGCUAGUCUCCGUCAAUAUUCAAGAAACAACCCCUCCCUCUCUCUCUCUCUCAGGUCUCUCUCUCUCUCUCUCAGGGUUUUGUGGGCUUGAAGUCUUUUGCUUGGCUGCUAAGUCUUAUAGGACGAAAAUAUGAUCUCAAAACUGGAGCCGAUGGUGGUGAAUCUUUGUGGGCUUUUAGAAUUUCAUCUGUUUGUUGCCUUUGGUUGUUGCUGAAGAUAAACUUGUGCUUCUUGACCCAUUUUUACGGUCCCUUUGAUUCAUCUUAUUUGUUUUUGGGCUUGAAUUCUGGGUUUUUGAUAAAUAAAGUUCGUAGCUUUCAGAAUCUUACUUUCUGAACAAACAGUAAGAUUGGGGAAGAGAGAUACUUGGCAAAGAGUCUGUUGGGUUCUUAUUCAAGGUUUUGGGCAUAAUCAUUUUGGAUGGUCAUGGACAGACAAUUGGGAAGUUAUUAUAAUUCUGUUAAUAAGAUCGAAUCUGAUGAAGAAGGUUCUUCGAUUCUCUGGGAUCAGGAUUUUACAAGUGGGUUUAAGGGUGGAUGUGUAAAUCAGAAUAUCCUUAGUUUUCCUCCAUGUCUACCCGAUCCAGACUCUAGCGUCUUAAACCCGGCAUCUGCCAUAUCGAGUUUGGCUGAUUCGUUCGAAGACUAUGAUUUUAGCGAUGAGGUUUUUAAGUACAUAAAUCAGAUGCUGAUGGAAGAAGAUAUGGAAGAGAAGACCUGUAUGUUUCAAGAUUCAGCAGCUCUCCAAGCUGCCGAGAGAGCUUUCUAUGAUGUCCUUGUGGAGAAGUGUCCCCCUUCUCCCGAUCACUGCCAGAUUAAUCAUGUUGAUCCACAUACUGAAAGCCCAAAUGAAUGUCAAUCUGGCAUAACUUGCAGUAACUAUCAAACAAGCAUCAAUACUUGUAGUGACAGUGUUACAUGUUCCGGUUUAAAUUAUGAUCAUGAUGAGCAUGAGUCCCCUGCUGUUCGUAGUGUGGCUGUGGAUCGUGUUUCACAGUCUACUUCUCAUUCGUCCUUCUGCUCAUCAAGUGCAGCCGGAACUGUCAUCGAUGGAUUUGUGGAUUCACCCCUGAGUACCCUUAGAAUUCGUGAUAUGUUUAAUGAUAGUCGAUCUGCCAUGCAAUUUAGAAGAGGAUUUGAAGAAGCAAGCAAGCUCCUUCCUCGUGGUUACGGUUUGUAUCUUGAUUCUGGUAGCAAGCUAGUUAAAGAGGCAAAGCAAGAGGGGAAGGCUGUGGAAGUAAAGGUUGAAAAGAAGUACGAGAUCCGGUACCCUUUUGAUGGUUCAAGGGGGAAGAAGAAUCCUCAUUCCGGGGGGUUGGAUUUGGAGGAAGGAAGGAGUAACAAGCAGUCAGCAGUUUAUACUGAAGGAACUGUGAGAUCAGAAAUGUUCGAUAUGGUGUUGCUAUGUAAUGGAGGGAAAAGUGAAUCGGCACUUCGUGAAGCGUUGCAGAGUGGAGUGAAAAAAAAUAUACAGCAAAAUAGUUUAUUAAAGGGAUCUAGCGGUGGGAAGUCCGGUGGCAAGAAACAGGUAGUUAAGGAGGAUGUGGUGGAUCUUAGAACUCUCUUAACCCUAUGUGCACAGGCAGUUGCUGCUGAUGAACAGAGAAGAGCCUAUGAGCUACUGAAGCAGAUCAGGCAACAUUCUUCUCCUAAUGGGGAUGGGAUGCAGAGAAUGGCCCAUUACUUUGCCGACGGUCUGGAAGCACGGAUGGCUGGUUCUGGGAACCGAAGUUACAUAGCAGUUAUGAUCAAGCCAACGUCUGCGGCUGAGAUUUUGAAAGCUUACCAUUUAUUUCUUUCGAUCUGUCCAUUUAGGAAGCUGUCAAAUUUCUUUGCAAAUAAGACAAUCAUGAAUGCAGCUGAGAAAGCAACCAGCUUGCAUAUUGUUGAUUUUGGUGUUCUUUAUGGGUUCCAAUGGCCCUGUUUCAUACAACGGCUCUCAUCUAGGCCUGGUGGACCGCCCAAACUUCGAAUUACUGGGAUUGACCUUCCAAAUUCAGGUUUCCGACCAGCAGAACGGGUUGAGGAGACUGGGAGACGUUUAAUGAAUUAUGCAGAGUCUUUCAAUGUUCCAUUUGAGUUCAACGCCAUAGCAAAGAAGUGGGAAACUAUUCAGAUUGAGGAUCUAAAGCUUGACAAAAAUGAUGUCCUUGUAGUCAAUUGUCAGUAUAGGUUUAGGAAUUUACUUGACGAAACUGUAGUGCUGGAGAGUCCGAGGGACAUUGUCCUCAAGCUGAUCAAGAAGAUGAAUCCGGAUGUUUAUUUGCAGGGGGUUGUGAAUGGCCCCUACAGUGCUCCCUUCUUCGUUACACGGUUUAGGGAGGCCCUUUUCCAUUACUCUUCUCUGUUCGAUAUGCUGGAGACCACUGUGCCUCGUGACAUUCACGAGAGGCUGCUGAUUGAGAAACAGAUAAUUGGAUGGGAGGCAAUAAAUGUCAUUGCAUGUGAAGGCGCAGAGAGGAUUGAGAGGCCAGAGACUUACAAGCAGUGGCAGGUGCGGAACAUGAGAGCCGGAUUUAGGCAACUUCCAUUAAACCGGGAGAUCAUGAACACAGCCAAAGAAAGGGUGAAAACACGCUACCACAAGGAUUUUGUGAUCGACAAGGAUGGUCGCUGGAUGCUGCUGGGUUGGAAAGGAAGAAUUGUCUUUGCACUUUCUUCUUGGAAGCCAGCUUACUAAAAUCAUACAUUCCUCUCUUCUUUCCUUUUCCUUUGGCCCGUGCAAUUCUGUUCCACUCUCCUUCUGAAUUGAAAGCCAAGGUACGGACACGCUCCUUGUUAUGAGCAAAUCACUCUCUUUAUUCACAUACAUUACAUGGCCAUGCAUACAACUUGGUGUAAUGUGCUUCUGAUCAGUAAGUGAGGUUGGGACUGGGAGCCAACUUUAGCGCGCUGCCUCCUCAACAACACUGGACUUGACCCGUAUCUGUAGUAGCAGUUGUUAUCAGUACCAAUUUGAUGGAAUAACAGAAAGUGAUCAUCCUCUUAGAACCUUGUUGCUUUGGUUAACUCCUCAUAACUCAAAAGAGAUACGACUAGGUCAUUUUGUUUACACUGAAAGGUAGUAGUCCAGCAAUGAGCCAAACAUCUUGAUUCCUGAAAUUACUAUUCCAAGUGGGUAGGGCAGCAAAAGUCUUAGUUACAUACAUACAUACAUGAAGGUAUAUGGUGAUCAGUGGAUGUCUCCAGACUGAAGGAAGAUUAUGUUCUGGCUCUUGCUGCUGGAAGGCAAUGGUUGCCAUAGCUUAGCUUAUGUUAGAGUUCAUGCUUUCAUUACAUUCAGUAUAUAUUACAUCAUCUUGUUUCAUAUAUUACUCAUAAUUAUUGUUGAUUAUCUUCCAGUUUUGGCCAUUUUUCUUUACUUUUUAAGGUAUGUCUUAGACUUAAUAAUAACAAUAAAAUUAAGCUAUGCUGUUCUUGA